CCUGUUCUUCCACGUUAAUUCAAGCUUCCAUUUAAACCCGCCAUCAAAGUACCCCAAGGCCUGAGGUAACUUGACGAGAGAGGAGAAUAAUGGGUGACAUGUACAAUACGUGUUCCUCUCCUCCGACGGGAGGUGAUCGCCGUUCGUCGGACGAUAUCUCGCGUUUCCUCCAUCAGAUUCUUCUCCAUUCUACUUCAGCUUCUUCGAUAUCUUCGUCUGCCUCGUCAUUUGUGGACCACACCGGCCCACAGUUGCAGUCAUUUGAUGGUCCCAUUUCUAUUCCGCGGGAGGGUCAUUGUCACCGUCCAUGCGGAUCAACUCUCGUGAAAGACGGGAUCUCCGGCUUGGAUUCUUGUGAAGGAGUGAACGUUGGUUUUUUCCCGGGUAAUGUGAAAGGAGGCGCGGCGAAUGCGUCGUCUUUGUCAAUUGGAGGAGCUAGUGAGAACGAGGCUGAUGACUACGACUGCGAAAGCGAGGAGGGUCUUGAAGCUUUGGCAGAGGAGGCGCCAGCAAAGCCAGCUCCUCCACGUAGUUCAUCGAAGAGAAGCAGAGCUGCAGAAGUUCACAAUUUGUCUGAAAAGAGGAGGAGAAGCAGGAUAAAUGAGAAAAUGAAAGCGCUGCAAAACCUAAUUCCAAAUUCUAACAAGACUGAUAAGGCAUCAAUGCUUGAUGAAGCUAUUGAAUACCUCAAGCAACUUCAGCUCCAAGUACAGAUGUUAUCAAUGAGAAAUGGAAUAAGUUUCCAUCCAAUGUGCUUACCUGGAAUGCUGCAACCAGUCCAACUUUCUCAAUACAGCAGGGGAUUUAGCGAGGAAAAUGGCUCUCAGCAUCUGAAUAUAAGUGGUAGUCUUGCUCUAAACCAGGAAAACACAGAACAAAUUAUCUUUGAUCUUCCAAACCAAUGUGCCAUCUCAAGCCAGCUAUCAGUACCCAAUAUAAUAAAUUCAGAAACCUCUUUUGGCAUGGAAUCAUCAAUCCGAGCUCACUUUGGGCCUUUUCCACUUCGCAGAUCUUCUGAGGAAAUUUGCAGGGAAGGUAUUUUGCCACACCAGCAACUUAAUGCAGAUCAUUCAGAAAGGAUUCCUUCAGAAUAUGAAAUGGGAGCCACAGCUGCCGCAUCACUUCCCUUUGACACACAAUCAUCGAAUUUGAAGGAAAGCAGCUCUUUAGGUGCAUGUGUGAUGAGAAGAGACCAGAACGAAAGUUUUAUUCUAAAGAAUAUGGAACAUAAUCUUAUAGCAUCCCCAUACUUGCAAAGGAUACAAACAGGAAGAAGUGCUUUAAGCGAUGAAAUUAAGAAGGAAAAACAGGAUAUUCGAAAUGAAAUGCAUCCAGCUGUGGUUGAAGGCUUCAGAUGAAAGAUGCAACAGUGAGGGUCUUUUUGAAGCAAGUCGCCCUAGCCUUAAUUGCCUAAAUUAUAUAUGUGUGUGUAAUUGUAAUAUAAAAAUUCAUACUUUUAACUAGUUUUAUAAGUAAAAAAGCAUAUUAAAAAGAAAAAAAAAAACAUUAUUUGCAUUAUGUCUAUAUGUAAUAUAAGAAAAAUUAAAAAUAGUGCGUA